GUGGGGGGUUCUCAUACAGUCCGGGUCCUACAAACUCUGGGGUCCUCGUUCUUGCCCUUCUCGUUGUUCUGCUAAUAACGCACGAGCCCUUUACUAAGGCGCUCUCUGUCGUUGCUCACGCUUCGACCCUCUUCCGCCUCUAAACGCAACGGGGUUCUUUUGUUGAUACAUUAGCCACUGAAUUCUGUCUACACUGCUUUCAAGUUUCCUCCAUCCUCACUUCCACUUUGCGAUCACCCUGCAUGGCUGCAACUGUACGAAAACAGCAGAAAGGCGCCAGUCCUUCCACUAAUAAUCGCCGAAGCGCCUGGAGAGGCGGCCCCCCCCACUUUACUAAUCAGGGCCAUGCAAGCCGUAGCCACGGUCCUCCAAUACCCACUCCUGGCCAAGGCUUUCCCCCAAUGAACCAAGUAAAUGCGCCUUCGCUGUCUUUGCAACAGAGUCUGGGACUAGCGCUGAACACGAAUAUCGUUGUCUUCAUAAGGAAUGGAUCGCGCCACGCCGGAACGCUUGUCUCCAUUGAAUCUACUGGUUUCACGCUCAAGCAUUCAAAGGAGCUAUCACGCCCGAAUUCAGCCCCGCAAGAUUCCAUGUUCUUCCCUGCCGAACAGCUCGUCAAUUGGCAUCCUGGUGAAUCUCCAAGCGGGCAUGCAAAAGGUUUUAGAACGGAUUCUGACAUUAGCCAGAAUGCGCGCAGCCCACGGGAACGUCCUCUGCAAGCAUGGACAGCCGAUCCGAAUCAUGUGCCUCCCCUUCAGCCACCAAUGCCCAAUGGAAGUGCACUUCAGAACCCCGAUGAUGCCACCUUUGGGCCCAAUGCCAAUACCGGUCAGCCUUGGGACCAAUUUGUGGCCAACCAACAGCUAUUUGGUGUGACUGCAACCUUCAACGAGGAGAUGUACACAACCCCCCUGGACCGAAACGCGCCUGAUUUUAAAGAACGAGAAGCGAGGGCUAUUAAGAUUGCGAAUGAAAUUCAGAGUUCUGCAAGUAAUAAUCCCCAUAUUGCCGAGGAACGCAAUCUAUUGGAUGAUAGUGGUGCUAACGAGGAAGAUAAGUAUGGCGCGGUAGUUCGCGCCCCCGGUGCUUAUGUUCCGCCAGGUGCAAGAGCCGCUGCAGCUGCACAACCUUCACCUUCGAUACGCACUAGCAGUGAUCGCUCUGCUGCGCCCACGGUGACGAGUUCGAAUGCCACUAAUGCAACCGCCGGGUCUGUUGGAAACGAGUCUGGGGAUAAUAAGCUUGUUGGUGCAUUCCGUGACUUUGUGGACAGCGAGAGACAGCGAUUCGUGCAGAAAAAGCAGCAAAUUGUCAAGAAGGAGAAAGACAACCGUAUCGCCGACUUGUUGAAGUUCUCACAGGAGUUCAAGCUAAAUCGGCCGAUACCUCCAGAUCUGUUGCCAAUAUUGUCAAAGGACGAAAAGAAGCAGCAUGAAAUUGCUGAGAGGUCUAAAUCUGAAGCUUCCUCUACAAGCGCGCGAGCCAUUGGUGCGACUGCAGCCCAUUCAGGGGUUGAUCAUUCGCCCCAAGUGCCUCCACGGCCAAUUGCGGCACUCCCUCCCCAGGGUAAGGCGGAUGCUUCGCUCGUCAAGCGUCCGCUUGCUACUAGCGGAGCGACCCCUGUUCCUCCCCGGCUUCCUGUUACACCAGCGAACCCCAAGCCCAUAGUUCCUUCUACUGUGACACCUUCAGGGCCCGCCACGUCCACAUCUCGGGGGUCCACAAUGGUCAUACAAAAAAUUCCUCCAUACCGGAAGAAGCCUGAUCAAAGCCCUCCCGGGACAACCGCCAGUCCUGCGAACCUCUCCGACUCGGGAGCACCAGCAUCGCCAACAAACUCCAAUGCCUCUGGCUCCAACGCUUUCAAAUUCAACGCAAAGGCAUCCUCUUUCCGCCCCAAUCCGAAUGCAUCUGCCUUCAAGCCGGUUGUCACGUCACCAACACCUGCGGCAAGUACAUCCAACGCCAAGUCUGUUAAGGUAGAACAAACUGUACCGCCGAAUCCCUUCUUCGGGGCUCGUCCUGUCAACAAGAAGCCCAUACAUAUUAAGGAGGACUUCAACCCCUUCAAGUUCGCACAAGUAGCUGAGGCACCAGUAACUACCCCCCAAUGGCCUUACAGUGGGAAGCGUUACAUGGCAAUGUUUCCUACAAUUCACUCCCCUAACCAUGCACCCUCGGUUCCUGGUCCUCCAUUUGAGGAAGAUCCAGCUGCUGCGGCCGCACGUGGUUACGGUAUGAUGUAUUAUGCUCCUUACCCAUACCAGGGCCAGCACCCGCAGCAGCAGAUGAUGACAGUGCCAGGCACUGCUGCGCCUCCUCCCGGCUACAUGCCAUCCCCUUUCAUGCAGCCCCUCCCUUACCCUCCUCCCCCUCAUCAACCCAACGGACCCCCUGCGAUGUACGGACCCCCACCUUUAAAUGGAAUGCAGGCACAUGGUUACCCACCCCCGCCAGGACCAUAUCCACCUAACGGAGCACCGCGUGGCUCAAUGCCCCCCACACCAAUUCAGCAGCCCGCCUAUGCCUAUCACCAGAGUCCUCAGAUGUCUCACGCUGUUCCGUACCCAAUGAUGAUGAGUCAACCUCCACCCCCCGGUGGGGCUGCUCCGCCACUUCCGUACGAUCAGAGUGGUCCGCCCGGCGGCCCAGGUUCCGGCCCACCUCCGAUGAACAUGGGGCAUUGAUAUUGAUGAAGUUGAUAGCGGCUUGUUGCGUGGAAUGAGUGAACCGUGAAGUGACGACAAAUGGCGAUCUGGGUUGGACGUAGUGGAGGAUGUGGUUCUUUUUCUUGCAGGAAGUGUCUGGUGCUCUUCGUUGUCGUCCUCUGUAGCUCAUUUCGCAACAAGAUUGGAUCAUCUUCAUCACAUGGGCUGAUCAGUAGGCAAGAGUACAUAUGCAGCUGAGGCAAGCUAGGGGGGCGGUACAUUCGUCACCCUAUCUACUGUGAUGUCCGUGACUGCAAAGAAUUAUACAACUUCGUGAGCAUGUGCUUGAGGUUUUUUCCCUUCUUAUCACAAUUCUCGACCAACCACACCUCCAUGUCUCGCUGGACGGUG